AUGGCAUCCAAAGGAAACGCCGAGGUUAAUUACGUCCAUCAAAAUGCUAUUUUAUGCGAAACAAUCAAGAAAGAGCAGAGAAAUCACAAGUUAUACACAAACUACAGCAUAAACCCAUUCAAGAAAAGUAAGAAGAAAAUCGGAAAUAGAGAGGUUUUCACUUGACUGUCGAAAGGGAUUGGUUUUGGUUUUGGUUUUGGUUUUAAUACGCCCUUUGGUUGGCUAGUGUAUUUACUUUGGUUUUGGUUUUACGACAGUCAAGUGAAAACCGCUCUCAGUGUUUAGCAUGACAUCCUUUUGUUUUCUCUUGAACAUGAGUGACGAUUUUGAUAAAAUUCAGGUUCUUAUGGGCUACUGUUUUUAUAUUUUUUAGUGUACACGUUAACCAGAAAGCCAAAUUCUUUGCACGACUCCGCGGAUGGUGAAGAAGAUGGUAAGAAAUAAGACAACAAGAAUGUAGCUUCUUGAGCUUCCCACAUAUAUAAGAAUCAUACCUACGGUACACUGCUACUUUACCAUGACAUUAAUAUUACUAUCCUUGUUUUUACAGAUCAUUUCUUAGAAGUGAUCAAGAAAUCCAAUGAAACACCUGUUAAAAAAUUUCAAUUUCCCCAAACGUCAGCGCAGGAAAUAGGAUGGAAUACAGAGCCUCUGGUGAGUGUUUUUACCGUGGUAGUUAACUUUCUAAAUCGGGGCAGUAACUGAAGAAUGCCUUGCAAGUCGACUGCAUUACUGAAAAUCAGUCACUUCGUUGUAGGUGAAACCUGUUCUCAGUUGAAAUCAGAAUUCCCUUGGCCUCCUGAGUAUGGCCAGGAGGCAAAAGGACUCACGUCGUAAUAACACCUGGAUAAUCCCACUGGUAUUUGUAUUAACCGUGUUACGCUGUAAUGUUGGGUGAAUACUGGUUAAACCUGAGAAGGGAUUCUAUCUACAAUGGUAGUCAAUCAACAAAAUUGGCAGAUUAGCAAUCAAUCAUAACUCAUAACAAAAAAAGUUCAACGUAAAAUAAACAUAUAGUCAUGUAAGUUCCAAUACAUUUGGUGGAAACUUUGGAUGUUUGGACCAAACCGAAGAAAAAAAAGGGCAGGAGGCGCCAGAAAUGUAGGUACGGAGGAGGAGAGGUUUGGACCCCCAGUCCCUCCUCACAGACGUUUACACUGAUAAACCUUAAGCAAAAGAUAUUAAACCCCAAGAGCUUCAAAGAACAUCACUUUAGGUCUUACUUACCAAAAGUGAGUCAAUUCUCUUUGACUUGGAUGCAUCUAUUUAGAAACUUAAUUUCUUUUUCCAGAUUGACAGAUUGUGGAAAGACCGCUUAGAACAUCCCAUAGUUAAUGCUGAAAUAACAAAGUUCAUGGACAAGAAAUGGAUGGUUAAGGAACAACAGGAUAUUAAUCAGAGUUGA